CUACAUGUCUUUCGGAAUGCAUUCUUCAGCGAACCAAACAUUAGCUGUAUCGACAAGAGCAAGCUACUACUAAGCACUAAGAAGUCACAUUUAAACAGCAGAGCUCAAACUUUGUCCCGAAUUCAAGAUGUCAGACGAGGAAGAGGACUAUAUGUCCGACGCAUUCAUCAGUAAAACACAAGAUGUGAAGCCAGGCUUGCCGAUGGCUAAGCGGGUAAAGGAUGCAAUGAAGAAGGAAUUGCAAAUGAAGGAGAGGAAUCUUAUGAAUCGUCAGAAGACCUAUAAAGAGCAAGAGAAGGAAAGCAGAGAAGCAGCUAUGCACAACACCAUCACCAGCGGGAACAAAGGAUUUGCACUUUUGCAGAAAAUGGGCUACAAAGCUGGGCAAGGCCUUGGAAAACAGGGUGCAGGAAGAGUUGAACCAAUUCCGCUUAAUAUAAAAACCGACAGGGGGGGCAUUGGAAUGGAAAAAGUCAAAAAGAGAAAAGCAGAGCAGGAACUUGAACACUAUCGACAUAAAGCACAAGUGAGGCAGCAGAAUGAGACACAAUCAUUGGAAGAUUUCAAAGUGAGGGUGAGGAGUGAGCGAGAGGAGAGGAAGAUUGAAGGAGAUCUUAGAAGGAGUCAGCGGGCAUGUGAACAACUUGACAGUCAAAAGAACAUCUCCGUUCCCAGGGAGGAUUGGUAUUGGCCCACACCAGAGCCGGUUGAGGAGGAAGAUGAUGACGAGGAAAAGGAAGAAGAAGAAGAAGUGAAAGUAAAGGAAGAAGAAAAAGAAGAGGAUGAGGAGGAGAUAGUGGAAUUAACGACCUUUGACAAGCUGCAGAUCCUGACCUCCUACCUCAGGGGGGUCCAUUUCUACUGCAUAUGGUGUGGGACCACGUACAAUGAUGAAGAGGAUUUGUGUGCCAAUUGUCCAGGGGAUACGGACGCCGACCAUAUGUAAAGCAGAUGAUGGGUUCUGCCUUUAUACCAGGGACAGAGCACUCAUCAUGGUGUAACUGACUAUAUUUAACUAUAUAGCUCUUGUUUGUUGUAAAUAAAGCGUUUUGUAAUGUAUGUAUAUUGUCUGUUCCGAGAGUACUACCAAAUGGAACCAGUGGUUGUAUAAAGACCACUGUUGGAUCCAGAAAUGCAUUAGACUUUUGUUUUAUUGUACAGUUAUUUAUCAUGAACCUGGUGCAUCAAUUUAAGAUUAACCAGCAAGUUGGUGAGUAGUAAGAAGGUACUAAGUAAAACAAUUUUUUGACAUAAAAUAUCAAUAUACAAUAUAAUACUUGAAAACAGUUAACCUUGUUAGAACCAAUUCAUCCAAAAUACUUUAUGCCAAUGCAGUCACCCAAAAGCGUAUAAUUAUAGGCAUGUUGAUUUGUAUAAUAUAAUGGGUUUCAGCUGUGUACUUUUAAGUGAGUAGUAUUGUUCUAAAAUGAAUACUACAUGUAAAAUAAUACGAUUUUUUGUUAUUAGUAAUCAACCAAUUGGACUUAACUACUGAUUGGAUUCUUAAAAAUGUUCGUUCAUUUCAUUAUGUAAAUGAUCCAAGCAACUAACCGAAGGAA